GUGCUCAGUUCUCUCACAAACACCAUCUCUGUUUGUCUCUCAAGAUUCUCUUGCGUUUGCUAUCUUUCUGUGUGGCUAAGCAUUUUAGGAUUAGAUCUGAGUUUAAUUGUGCUAGCCAUUUUUCUCUGAUUCUCUAAGCAUAAUGGCUGAACUCGUCCUCAACUUCGUCAGCCCAAUCAUAGAGAUUGCAGUUCCUAAAGCAAUUUCAUUUUCUGCUGCACAAAUCAGCACGGCAUGGGGUCUGGAGAAGGAGCUGGGGGAGCUUGCUCAAAAACUGACUAUGAUCCAAGGAUUGCUUCAAGAUGCUGAAAAGAGGCAAGAAAGCGAUCCAGCUAUAAGGAAUUGGUUACAGCGCCUCACAGACGUAGCUGAUGAUGCGGUGGAUGUACUGGGUGAGUACGAGUAUGAGGUUCUUAAGCACAAAGUUCAGACUCAAGGUCGAAAGAUGAAACAGGUGCACACUUUCUUUGGUGUUUUCAAUCGCACUGCCUUUCGUCUUAGCAUGGCUGAUAAGAUUAGGAAAAUUAAUAAGACUCUGGAUGAAAUCAACAACCAAGGGGUUUUGUAUCUGUCAAUCAGAUUUAGUGACCAAUGUCAUUCCACUGCUGGUGCAAGGCAAUAUCCUGAGACAGAUCCCAUCCCUGAUUGUUCCAAAUUUGUAGGAAGGCAUAAUGAUGUCUUAGAAAUUGUCAAGAAGCUGGAUAACAUAAGGAGUCAACAUAUCCUCUCUGGCAUUUCAAUUGUAGGCUUUGGGGGCAUAGGCAAGACAACAUUAGCGAAGUCAAUAUGUAGUAUGGUAAAAGAACAAAAGUUGUAUGACCUGGUGGCUUGGGUUUGUGUGUCUGAGGAAUUUGAUGAAAAAAUAAUAUUAGGAGAUAUGUUAGAAUACCUUGGUAGCUCUGUUGGUCGAAAGAAUAAUAUAGGUGCACUUAUUCAGGAACUUGGACAGAAGUUAGAAGAUAGAAAAUUUCUUCUAGUUCUCGAUGACGUGUGGAAUGAAGAUAGAGGCAAGUGGGAUAGUUUCAAUUCUCGUUUGUUAAAAAUUUUAAAAACCAGUGGAAACUCCAUUCUUGUGACUACUCGUAGUGAUAAGGUAGCAUCCAUAAUGGAGGCACUUCCAAUGCAAAAACAUGAUAUGGUAAAGCUAUCAGAUCAUGAAUGUUGGUUGAUAAUUGAGGACAUAGUUCUCAGAUCAUCAACGGAAACUUCAAUACCUUUGGAUUUAGAAGGUAUUGGACAAGAAAUUGCCAAAAAAUGUGGGGGGUUGCCAUUAGUUGCAAGUGUGAUUGGAGGAGCAUUGAGUCGUGAAAUGAAGACAGAUAAGUGGCAAGAGAUCCUAGAUGAUAAAGCAUGGAUUUUGCAAGAUGAAAAUAAGAAGAUUUUAUCUAUAUUGAAAAUGAGUUUUGAUCGUUUGCCUUCAUCCUUAAAAAAGUGCUUCUCUUAUUGUUCAAUUUUUCCAAAGGAUGCUGUCAUUUUCAUAGAUGAUUUAAUUCAACUUUGGGUGGCUCAGGGGUUUGUUCACAAAUCUAAUGAAAGCCUUGUGGAAACGGAGGAUAUUGGUAAUGAGUAUUUCAAGGAGUUGUUAUCUAAUUCUUUUUUCCAAGAUAUUGAAUGGGAUUUGUAUGGGAAUAUUGAAUCUUGCAAAAUGCAUGAUCUAGUGCAUGAUCUU